CGCCCCUUUAAAUUGAAAUAUCGGCACAAGUUGCUGUAUUUUCUCUCACUUUCCCCCUCUUUUUCGUUACUCUCUGCCGAGGGAGAGGAAGGAGGCUAAUGGCCGGUAAGGUAGACUUGAAGGUGGUUCUUCUUGGCAAGGAGUAUGGCGGUAAAACCAGUCUAGUGGAGAGAUACAUCCACGGGAAGUUCAAUGCCCAAGCCCCAUAUCAAAGUACGAUUGGAGCAGCUUUUGGAGCCAAGAAAGUCACAGUGAAUGGAGAGAGUGUGACACUAGGGAUAUGGGACACUGCUGGCUCAGAGAGGUACGAGUCAAUGAGUAGAAUAUACUACAGAGGUGCCAAGUCAGCAAUUGUGUGUUUUGACCUGACUGACCCCUCAAGUUUCGAAAGAGCCAAGUUUUGGGUGAAUGAGUUAAAGCAGACAGAAGAGGAUUGUGUGAUAUACCUUUGUGGAACAAAGUAUGAUUUAGUAGAGGAUAAUAAGAAAGCUAGAAAGGUUGAUGCCAGCAGUGCUAAGGAAUAUGCUGACGAAAUUUCAGCAAAAUAUGUUGAGACUUCAGCCAAAACUGGUUAUAAUAUAGAUUACCUUUUUAUGAUGAUAGCUGAGGAUUUUGUCAACGUCACUAGAAAUAAAGUACAAGCUAACAAAGAUGAAGAUUCUAGUGUAGCAUUACGUCUUGAGCAACCUCCAAUGAACAGAGAAAAGUGUAAAUGUUGAUUACACUAUUUCUUUAAUCAUUAUUAUUAUUAUUAUUAUUAUUAUUAUUAUUAUUAUUAUUAUUAUUAUUAUUAUUGUUAUUAUUGUUAUUAUUAUUAUCUUGUUUUGUUAUAUUUACUUCACAUUUUUGUUUUUUGUCAUGUCACUCUCUCUCUCUCUCUUUUCCCAUCAGUUUUAUUACUAAUAAUAAUAAUAUCAUGAUAAUACAAAUAAACCACCCA